AUGUCGCCUUCACCUCACUACCUCGCCACCCAUGGAGGGGUUGGGCAAGUGUACUAUUGUCCACCCACAAUGUCAACGAAACGCUUGAGGGAGUUCAAUAGCGCUGGUACAACAUACACCCUCGCCGAGGAUCUGUCCUACCACAACUUCUUCUCGGCUUUCGACUUCUUCUCUGGCCCCGACCCCACGGAAGGUUUUGUUCAGUACCAGAACUACACAUCAGCCAUCGAGCAGGGUCUUGUCGGCUACCUCUCCGACACGCAAUCCGUAUUCCUCGGCGUCGAUCACACUUCCAAGAACCCCAACGGCCGCGCCAGCGUCCGCCUCGAGAGCAAAAAAGGCUGGAACAAAGGCCUCCUCGUCGCAGACAUCCGCCACAUGCCUGCUUCAACCUGCGGGUCCUGGCCCGCAUACUGGCUGCUCGGCUCCCACGUAGAAAUAAACGGGAAAAUCACCUGGCCCGACGCCGGCGAGAUCGAUAUCCUGGAAGGCGUCAACGACUACGAAUCCAACGCCGUGACGCUGCACACCUCUACUGGCUGCAUGAUCGACAACACCACGUCCCCAGCAACCGGCUCAGACAGCACACCACCACCCUUCACCGGCUUCCUCAAGACAGACGACUGCGAUGUCGCGGCCCCGGACCAGAGGAAGAACGUGGGUUGCUCGAUCGCUGCACCUUCAGCCAUGACCCCAUCGAGACCACCCAGCUUCAAACGCGGUACAGCUAGCAUUGACGCCGACAUCGCGUUCCCCUCCUACGGUACAUCCUUCAAUCUUGCCACCGGUGGCGUUUAUGCUAUGGAAUGGACAUCCGCAUCGAUAAGCGUAUGGUUCAUCCCCCGAGUCUCUCCCCAAUUCAACACCCUCUUCCCGGCCCCCGCGUCUUCCACGUUCCUCAACACGACUCUCGACGUCUCAGCUCUCGGUACACCAAUCGCACACUUUGCGGGCCAGUGCGAUUUUGAAGAGAAAUUCAAGAAUCUCAAGAUCGUGUUCGACACGACUUUCUGCGGGGCGUGGGCGGGCGCUGAGUGGGAAAGUGGUGGGUGUGCGAAGAAGACGGGUGUUGCGACGUGUGAAGAGUAUGUGCGGGAGAAUCCGGGCGUGUUUGCGGAGAGCUAUUGGGAGGUUGCGGGCCUGAAGUGGUUUCAAAAGGAUGAGGUACAAGUCAAUGGCUAUCUCCCAUAUGUGAUCCCCAAAGUUGUCCGUAUAUGGCCGCCAGGCCCCAGUGGUGAAGAGUCAUAA